AUGAAAAACAUCCGAGCAGCCAUAAACAGACACCUUUCAGAUCUGGAAAGAGACAUGGACAUCGUAAAAGAUAAAGAAUUUAAAAGUGCAAAUGAUACUCUGGAUGGAAAAUUGAAACAUAAUGUGAAAUGUGGAAUUUCUAAGCCUACAAAGCACAAGGAAGUCAUUACUCCUGAAGAUCUGAUGAGAAUCCGCGGGUACCUUUACUCCGUCGACAACCCAACUCGUUCGAUUAUUUUUCUUCUAGUUCCACCAUCUGGCAAUGUGUCAAUUUCAUCAACUUCUCAUAGUUUUGUAUACACCACUGGAGAUUCUGUAAAUUUAACCUGCACUGUCUUUGGAGGAAAUCCUAUUGCCAACCUGUCAUGGGAAUGCAGUUCCAAAGACCCGAUAACCGUAACGCGCAGUAACUCUACAUUAGCUGCAUCAGUUUUGCUUUUAAAAGUGGAUAAGACGUUCAACAACAAAGAUUGUACAUGCACAGCCAGUCACCCUCUUCAGAAUAAAACCAAAACAGUGAAGUUGAUAGUUUAUUAUAGAAGCAAUAUAACCACACCUUUAAAGGAGACAUAUAUAAUCAAUGAAACAGAAACUUUUAGUCUUGAAUGUACUGUUGAUGGAAAUCCAUUGUCAAACAUAACUUGGACAUUUUUAAAGAAAAACGCUGUAGUAAACAACACCUAUAAUUCAAACAACUGCUUCUUUAAAAUACCAUCAGCGAAAUGCUUGGAUCAUGGAGAAUACCAACUGGUCGCAGAAAAUGGAAUUGGGAAAUCUAGAAAAACAACAAAUAUUGCAGUUAAUUGUAAACCAAGACUCUUUACUGCAGAUUCGCAAACCCCGGAUAAAAUAGGCAUUGGCAAUAAUGAAUCGCUAAUUAUCAGUGUUCAAUUAUUGUUGUAUCCUCCUUCAAGUAAAAUCGAAUGGGAGUUCACUGGGAAUAACAAUCAAAGCCAUGUCAUUAAAAAUAACACGUUUGGAUACAAAAUAGCAAGCAUUAUAUCUGACAAUGAACAGAACAUCACUCUUUUCAAACAAAACGUUAGCGAAAAAGAGUUCGGAAGCUAUAAUUUAACCAUUACAAAUAGUGGUGGAACCUUUACUAAGACCUACAAAGUGAAUGGAGCAAGAUCACCAUUGCCACCUUUUAAUUUAACAGUGGUUUGUGACAAUCCAUUUUCCAUUACAUGGACUGCUGAUUUCAAUGGAGGAGACAAACAAACUUUUCAUGUAUUUUCAUCAUCUGGUGAAAAUAAUGUGUCUUUUAAAGAGCUCACAACAGUUGAUGAUAAGGGUUUUGGUCGAAUUCACAGAUACUCACCUUCUGAAAAUUUUUAUGGACAAUUUUGGUUUAGAAUUUCUGCUUCAAACAAGUUUGGAAAUUCAACAACAAAUGCUAUCCCUUGCUUUAUUAAAACUCCAGAUGAAUCUCCACCUAAUACAGCAAUGUUUGCUGGAAUUGCAGCUGGUGGUGGAGUAUGUCUCGCAUUUGUUGUCAUUGUAGUUGUUGUGUAUUUUCGGAAGUAUCACAAAUAUGAAAAAUCUGCGAAACACAUUGAGAG